GUAGGGUCAAGGCCUCCAUACACUGCUACAAAAGUAAAUCAACAUUUGAUUCGCAUAAACAGGCCAUUACUCUAUGAUGUCAAACUUACUACUAAGAGGUCAAAAAACAUAUAUUAGCCCUAGAUUUUAUAAAUCGCUAGCAUCUCUUUCAUCAUCAACUGCAAAUCGUUUUUUCUCAUCAUCAUCACCGUCGUCGACCUCCUCCGAAGCAUCAUCAUCUGCUGAGCUGAAGAGCAGUUAUGAUGCGAUUGUUAUUGGGGCUGGACACAAUGGCUUGGUUUCGGCAGCAUAUUUGCAAAAGGCUGGCUUAAAUACUGUAGUACUUGAGCGAAGACAUGUAAUUGGUGGAGCUGCCGUCACGGAGGAGCUAAUUCCCGGAUUUAAAUUUUCACGAUGCUCAUACGUGCUUAGUCUACUGAGACCAGAUAUAUAUGAAGACUUGGAAUUGAAGAGACAUGGAUUGAAAAUUCACUAUCGGGUAUAUAAUGCAUUUACACCUAUCCUAGAAGAGCCUGUGAUCGGAGGUCAUCCAAGGUCAUUACUUUUGAGCUCGUAUGAGGAAGAGAACUACAAACAAAUUGCACAAUUUUCGGAGAAAGAUGCUAAGAAUUUUUCCAUUUAUGAGCAUCAGCUUUUCAACAUGGCUAAAGCACUUGGACCACUGCUGGACAAUGCUCCUGUCAAUCUUUCAAGCUUGACCGGUUCACUAUCACAGAAAAUAGAGACAAUGCCUUCGCUUAAGGCCUUAUUCAGCACAGGACAAGGGAUUGGAUCUGAUCUUCCAGCUUUCUAUGAGUUGCUUACAGCACCAGCUAUCAAGGUCCUUGAAAAGUGGUUUGAGUCUGAACCACUGAAAGCCACAUUAGCUACGGAUGCAGUGAUUGGUGCCAUGAUGAGUCCAAGUACACCAGGCAGUGGGUAUGUCUUACUUCAUCAUGUUAUGGGUGAAUUAGAGGGUAACAUAGGUGCAUGGGGGUAUGUUGAAGGGGGUAAUGGUGCUCUUUCUGAGUGCAUUGCUAAAUCGGCUAAAGAACAUGGUGCUACCAUUUUAACAGAGAAGCCUGUAUCCUCAGUGAUACUAGAUGCUAACAACAAAGCCUGCGGUGUUGUCCUUGAGGAUGGCACAGAGAUUGACGGUAAAAUUGUUCUCUCGAAUGCUACGCCUCAUGUAACAUACCAACAACUUGUCCCUGAAAAUUCCCUCCCGGCUGAAUUUACUGAAGAAGUUGCAAAAAUCGACUAUACUUCACCAGUGACAAAGAUCAAUGUGGCCGUUGAUCGUGUGCCUGAUUUUCUUGCAAGGCCAACACCUAAGAACAUACCCGGCCCACAUCACGGAUGCACCAUCCACCUAAACUCAGAGUCAUGUCACAUGAUAGAAGAUGCGUACAAGGUAGCAAUGGAGGGUCAGCUCCACGAAAAACCAAUGAUUGAAAUGUGUAUACCAUCAGCAUUGGACCCAACCAUUUCACCUGAGGGUAGUCAUGUCAUCUCAUUGUUUACACAGUACACACCAUAUAGCUUUAAAGAUGGAAGAACUUGGGAUGAGGAGAUGAUGUCAAAGUACAGAGAUAUUGUGUUCAACAACAUUGAGGAUUAUGCCCCAGGCUUUAAAGACAGUGUGAUUGGUGUAGACAUGCUUCCCCCACCUGAACUAGAACGGAUAUUUGGACUAACAGGAGGGAAUAUCUUCCAUGGUGCGAUGUCUUUGGACCAGUUGUACUUUGCCAGGCCUGUGUCUUCAAUGACCGGUUACAGGUCGCCUCUGAGAGGUCUCUACCUCUGUGGUAGUGGUGCACAUCCAGGUGGAGGUGUAAUGGGAGCACCGGGAAGAAAUGCUGCACAUGUCGCCAUAAAGGAUCUGAAACAAAAACGCAGAUGGAUGAAUAUGACUCGUUAACCUGGCAAACUGGACGAAUGCACUUUUUAUAUGUGGCAACGACAAGCUCAAACCAGUAACUCCUCGAAAGAAAAAAAAUUUAAGUUAUAAAAUGUUAAAAGAAUCAAUUAAAUCUGAUGUUUUGUUAUGAAGUUAAUACAGGAGUUUAAAACAUAUAGCUGUUUAAAGAACAGUAUUUGAGAAAUCAGCCUUCAAAGUAUGAUUACAGACAUUUCUUAGGCCAUCACCAAUUCAUAAAAAAAAAAGAAAACGUUGUUUUAACAUCAAAAAUGGGGGAAAUAAUUAGUCAAUUAAACGACACUUACCGAUAAGUUGAAGCUUGGUUGUGAUUCUACACUGUCCUCCGGUGCUUGAUAUAGGAAUUACAUGCCUUUCCUUCCCGCCCUUAUUGGGGGUUCUACUGUAGUUGGCAUACAGUAUUUGUUAUUUUGUUUUUUUCUGGAACUGAGUCAUAAUUAGUUAAAGUCUGGUUACGCAUGCGCGAUCAUAUCCCAUGUAAAUGUCUCACACUUCUGUACUUUACCUAUUUAAUACUUAUCCAAAAUUCCCUCUGCUAACGAUAGAUUUUUUCCUCCACUUCUCUAUUAUAAAAUUUUGCAAACGUGGUCUCAUUGCUCCAUUCAACAAUGUCAAUAAUCUGUCGAAUGAAUACCCCUGCUUUUAAGGCAUGCGAUGUCGCAGCAGAUCUUACACUGUGAGGCUUAUAAACUGAAAUAUCUAUACCUGCUUGGGCCAUUAUUGUUUUCACCCAUCUACUUAUCGUAGAUGCAUUUUACGUUUCUAUGAGGCUUUAUGAUGAACAAUCUAAGAUUCAUCCUGCCUUAAUGGCUGUGUACGUUGCAAAUAUUCUUGCAACGCUGCAUACAGUAAAUACACAAUCCUUUAUCUACCGAAUACUCUUUCAGAAUUAUUGUUGGCCGUAUGUAACCGGGUCGACUCUGCUUUAGGUCAGCUCUACCUACAAUAAAAAGGAACAGAGACGAUGUUUAAGUCAUAUUAUGCAACGUUAAACAACAGCAGUUAAUAUAGCCAUUAGAGCUACAACCUUUAAUGUCAAUGACUUCAGUUGUAAACUUCCAUUUGGAUUAAGUGACCGAAUAUAUUUCAGUAGAAUAGAGACAUUCCAGGUGUGUGUAUAUCGAGGGGCUGGUGGUUUCCUGUUAUAUAUGCCCUUCAAUUUAAACCGUAUUACCCAAGGAUGGGAUCCUAUUGUAUGCUUGCCCUUCCACACAAUAAAUUGUGACAGGGCACUUUUGGCUGUGUUAAUGGAACUACAGUAUACCCCAAACCUUGGUCCAAAUGAAGUCCAUAUUCAUGAAUUCUAUAACAGUCUCUAUAGAUGGUGAAAAAUGAUCUGCCUGUUGUAUACAAAACUCCAUUUUUUUAAAUAUAGGUCGAAUAUUGCUUAUGAGUUUCUGAUUUCCAUGAGUUGAGUAACAAGGUCGUUGCUCUGUCUGAUAAUCUCUUCUGGGACAUUUCCCCGAUAAUCUCUCGGCUACCAGGACAAUUUUCUUCCUCAAAGGAUGCAGUGUACCUCUGCUGUGUUCCAGUGUCAAUAGUGAUUCUAUUUGGGGUAGUAUCACAGGGGCUUGUGAUACUACCCCAUAAACAUGGUGAACCAUGGCUGAGUUGGCCAAAAUGGGAAAAUCAUUACCACAUAAGCCCCUUCUGUCCUGAUUUUCUGCAAUACCCUGGCGAUUAAACUGAAAGGUGGAAAAACAUACUAUGCAUUUUAAUCAGACCAUUUUAUUGAAAAUGCAUUUAUAAAUUCCGCUUGUGGGUUUCUUUGCCAUGCAACAUAUCGUUGACAUUUUGCAUUUAAUGGUGAUGCAAAGAUGUCUAUGUCUGCAUUUCCCAACCUUUCUAUGAGGCAUAAUUGUAGACUUGUUUAUCAAGUGACCACUCACAUCUAUCAUUGAAGUGCCUACUUUCAAUGUCUGCAGCUGUAUUAUGAAUAUAUAUGCGCUGCCAUUAAUUUGAUAUCUAAUGAUGUACACGUGCCAGAUUUAAUAUUCGGCCUACUCCGUUUUUUUUUAUAGACCUACUUUCGAAGUCCAUGCUGUAGGCCUACAUAGAAUGUGGCUAAAUAGUACUUAUUGUUACACUGUCUUGACUAUCAAGGCCUAUUAAAGUGAUUUGACGUAGUGACUCCGUAACAUAGCGUUCAUCAGCCAUUAUCUCAGGAACACAAUUUGCGAGUAGUGACUGGGUUUGGUUUUUCUUAGCCACAUUGUGUGCUAUUGCAAUAAACUAUGCCCCUCAAACACCACUGCACUGAUUGCAGCUGUAUGUCAUUGCUGUUUUAUCCAAUGUACUAAUGUGAUAUAAUGCAUAGAGGUUAUGACAGUGUGCAUGUUCUAAUAUUAUUGUUAUAUGCUUUACGUUAAUAACCUUAAAACUUAUGGAACACAUUCUUAUUUUCCUGGGUAGCCCAAUUCUAGGAGCUAGAAUGGGCUCAUAGUUUUGGAUCCUUGACGUAACCUAUCCACUUAUACUCCUGUGUGGAGAAAAACAAUGUAGGCCUAGAUAAAGUACCUUGCUCAAAGACAGAAGCGAAAUGCACAAGAAACUCAAAAUCCCGACCUCAACCAUUUGCUGCACCAAUCACAUUGCCUCUACAUAAUCACAGUGUCCUGGUUCUCAACUCUCAGAAAACACGGUCCAGAAGGACGACCCCGAGUUUUCAGAAGAUUGGACCGCAUGAUAUCAGAAUUUUUUUUUUUUAAUGAUUAAAAUGUUCGAACCAACCAAGCUUGUUGCUGAAUGGUCCAAGAAAAAAAAACGUAUGAUUUCAGGAUACAAAUGGCUCUCAUAUUUAUCGGUCCGGAUUGGAAAUCGUACGAAUUUGAUGUGAACGGUCCUAUUCUUUACCACUUAACCCAUUUUUAACGAUUUUUUUCUCUGGACUCCGGACCGGAAUCUUGGCUUGAUGUGAACGUAGCUUUAGAAAUAGCCCCAAGUCUGGAAAAGGUUGAAAACCAGGGUCAUAGUUGCUAUUGUGCAAAAAACUGUUUUCUUUUUUCAGGGUAAAUUUUCAACAACAGGGUUUUUCUGAGUUAAAAUAAUAUAGCUUUUAUCUAUUUUUGAACUUUCGUUUGGGUAACUUAUAUUUUGUUUAAUAUUUAUACCUAAAAAGCUAAGUACUGUAAAAACUAAAUUCAGGAACUUGUUUUUAUCUAUUGUAUCUAUUAAAUUUCAAAACAGGGUACCGACUCUAUUGUGCUAAAAACUUGGAAAUAAAUACUGUAGCAGUGAAACAUUCAGAA